ACAGUCCACGUGCUCUCGAUUUGGCGGGAAACGUCUUUUUUUCUCUUUUCCCGCCACUGGCCUCCCGCCGCGUCCAUUGCCGCUGCAGUCAUCUCGCUCCCGUGCCUCUGUUGUCGUUUCCUGAGCUCCGCGGUGCUCUAAAGUCUCAACCCUUCCUCUCGCGAAGAUGGACGACGUGGAGAACCAGGAGCUGAGGGAAGCCAAGCGAGCCUACCUGGACUUUCUGGACGAUGAUGAAGACCAGGGGGUUUACUAUGGCAAAGUGCGCGACAUGAUCAAUGACAACCAGUGCCGCCUCGUCGUCAACAUCAACGAUCUGCGACGCAAGAAUGAGAAGAGGGCCAACCUGCUGCUGAACAGCUCGUUCGAGGAGCUGCUGGCCUUCCAGCAGGCGCUCAAAGAGCUCGUGGGGAACGUGGACGGAACCUACGCCAAGCAGUUUGAGUCGUUCUACGUGGGGCUCGAGGGCAGCUUUGGCGCUCGACACCUGUCGCCACGCACCCUCACCUCUCGCUUCCUCGGCAACAUGGUGUGCGUGGAGGGCAUCGUCACCAAGUGCUCCUUGGUGCGUCCCAAGGUGGUGCGCAGUGUUCACUACUGCCCCGCCACCCAGAAAAGCAUCGAGAGGAAGUACAGCGACCUCACCUCGCUCGAUGCCUUCCCCAGCAGCGCCGCCUACCCCACCAAGGACGAGGAGAGCAACCCGCUGGAGACAGAGUACGGCCUCUCUAUCUACCGCGACCACCAGACCAUCAGCCUGCAGGAGAUGCCCGAGAAGGCCCCCGCGGGACAGCUGCCCCGCUCGGCCGACGUGGUGCUGGACGACGACCUGGUGGACCGCUGCAAGCCCGGCGACCGCGUGCAGGUCAUCGGCACCUUCCGCUGCCUGCCCGGCAAGAAGGCCGGAUACACGUCGGGCACUUUCCGGACCAUUUUGAUCGGUAACAACGUGAAGCAGAUGAACAAGGAGGUGGUCCCUACCUUCUCCGGGGAAGAUGUCAACAAGAUCAAAACGUUCAGCAAGACUCACUCAAAGAACAUCUUCGACCAGCUGUCCAAGUCCCUCGCUCCGAGCAUCCACGGCCACGAGUACAUCAAGAAGGCCGUGCUCUGUCUGCUCCUGGGAGGCACUGAGAAAAUCCUGGACAACGGCUCUCGAAUCCGAGGGGACAUCAACGUGCUGCUCAUCGGCGACCCGUCGGUGGCCAAGUCUCAGAUGCUGCGCUACGUGCUGCACACGGCGCCGCGCGCCAUCCCCACCACGGGCCGCGGCUCCUCCGGCGUCGGCCUCACCGCCGCCGUCACCACCGACCAGGAGACCGGCGAGCGCCGCCUGGAGGCGGGCGCCAUGGUGCUGGGCGACCGCGGCGUCGUUUGCAUCGACGAGUUCGACAAGAUGACGGACAUGGACCGCACGGCGAUCCACGAGGUGAUGGAGCAGGGCCGUGUCACCAUCGCCAAGGCCGGCAUCCACGCGCGCCUCAACGCGCGCUGCAGCGUGCUGGCCGCGGCCAACCCCAUCUACGGACGGUACGACCAGUACAAGACGCCCAUGGAGAACAUCGGGCUGCAGGACUCGCUGCUCUCUCGCUUUGACCUCCUCUUCAUCGUGCUCGACCAGACCGACCCCGAGUACGACCGCGAGAUCAGCGACCACGUGCUGCGCAUGCACCGCUACCGCGCAGUCGGGGAGCAGGACGGCGAUGCGAUGCCGCUGGGGAGCACGGUGGACAUCCUGGCGACGGAGGACCCGGACGCGGUGGAGGAGGAGGAGCGGAGCAUGCAGGUUUACGAGAAGCACGACAACCUGCUGCACGGGCCCAGCCGCCGCAAGGAGAAGAUCGUGAGCAUGCAGUUCAUGCGCAAGUACAUCCACCUGGCCAAGAUCAUCAAGCCCGUGCUCACGCGAGAAUCGGCCGACUUCAUCGCCGAAGAGUACUCCAAGCUGCGCAGCCUCGACCAGAUGAGCGCCGACGUGGCCAGGACGAUGCCGGUGACGGCUCGCACGUUGGAGACGAUGAUCCGCCUGUCGACGGCACACGCAAAGGCGCGCAUGAGCAAGACCAUCGCCCUGCAGGACGCGGAGGCGGCCGUGGAGCUCAUCCAGUACGCCUACUUCAAGAAGGUGCUGGAGAAGAAGCGGAAAAAGAAGCGGCACGACGAGGAGGAGGAGGAGGAGGAGAUUGACGACGAGGAAGGUGGCGACGCGAGCGAUGGCGAGGGGCUCAACGGGACGAGCCAGAAGCAGAGUGCCCGCAAGAAACGGAAGCACCGGGACUCCACGCAUGGAACGAGUCGCGCGAGCAGGAAGGAACAAUCGGGCGGAGAAGACCCCUACGACUUCAGCGACGGGGAGGAGGCGAUCCCAGAAUUCCCGCGGACGCCCAAGACGCCGCAGGCCGCGGGCGACGAGGAGGCGAUGGACACGAGCGAGGCAGCGGCAGCGGCGGCGGCAGCGGCGGCGGCAAAGAAGCUCUCGCUGACGGACGACAGGCUCAAGCAGUUCAAGGCGGCUCUGCUGGACGUCUUCCGCAAGUCGCACUCGCAGUCCGUGGCCAUCCCCGCCAUCAUGGAGGCCUUGGGCGGCGCCGCCACCGCCGCCUUCUCGCUCGCCGAGGUGCGAGCGGCGCUCGCCCGCAUGGAGGACGACAACCAGGUCAUGCUGUCGGACGACAUCGUCUUCCUCAUCUGAGCGUUGAGCAGGAGUGCUCCUCGCCAUUCACGCCCUCGUCCCGCCUUGCCAACCCCCCCCCCCCCCCCCCAUUGCCUCUUUUCCCACUGCGCAACCGAGCCAGGCCCCCCACGCGCGGCUCGCAGACACGAGCUUUUGCUCCCCCCCCCCCCCACUGCGAAAGCCACACUUCGCCAUCACGCGAUGAACGUGUCGAGACUCCUCCAAUUGGCGCACGGUUUGGCUGCGUGCGGUGGCACAGAGGUCCCAACGUAACUCGCGUGCCUGCACGACGCGCGGACGCCUCGCCCUGCGCCCGCAGCGCGUGCCGACCCGACGCUUCGCGCCAACGGUCGUGUGGCCAGCGCCACUUGUUGCUGGCCCUGCUUCUCAGGGGUCGUCGUCGUCCCGUCCCCCCCACCCCCCAGGUGUUUUUGUGAGGCCACAGCAAAGCGGGAAGCAGCGGCAUACCACGGGGUACGGUGAUACGGUGAGGGGUCUUGCGCCGGCUCGGCUCGUGCGAGUCGAAUAGAGGGGUUUGUGUGCGAGCGUGUGUGCGUCCAAUUUUUUUGGUCUUGAGACGCUCGUGAAAGCGAUGGAGAGGUAUCGGGACAGGAAGGGGGGGUGGUCAGUGGGGAAUUUGCGUGAGAUGUCAUCGUCGUAGUUGUUGAUGAUGUGCUCGCCCCGCAGCAGUGAAGGGGACGGGAGAAGCCACGGUGAAUGAACUCCCGACUGCAAAACGAUAAUAGUUAUACGAUUAUGCAAUCUGUAUUACGGAUUAUGGGAGGGAGGGGAAGUGUGAGCGUGAUGUCUUGUUUAUAUGCAGGUUAGUAUAAAGAAGUGAGUCCCCCUAAAAAAUAUGCAAAAGCACAGUCCGUGGCAGUGUGUCUACAUGAAUACAAUUGUCUGGAUUGUCUUUUUUUGUACCCACAAACGAACAACGCGAGUGUGAAGCCGCGCUUGUUGGAUUUUUUUGGGCUCCGUGACACCCGAUUUCUGUACCAUUGCACGCUUCGUUUGCAUCUUUGUUUUGUUCGCUAUGCUCCCCGCUCUCUCUAUACGGCAAAUAUAACCAUGGAUCGUUUGGUUUUUAAAGAGGGGGUUGACCUUUCUCGCCAGUGUUCAAACACACCCCCCCCCCCCACCACCCCCACCAAAAUGUUCCCCAUCUCAUCGGAUCUUGGAAACUAAGGCAGGGUUGAGCUGGAGUAGUGUCCGGAUGGGUGACCGCAGCUGGACACAAAACUAAAAAUAUAUGACAAGUGCUUGAUUAUGCGGUAGCUUUUUUUAAAUGUCAAACUGUCUGCCUGCAUGUUAUCAUAGCACGUGACUGGAAGGCGCGGGGGGUGAGUGUAGAAUCGAGGAUAACAUGAAUGGAUAAAGAAAGAUUGAACGGGGAAGGGAACGGAUGCCGGGACAGAAGUUCCCCGAGUCGAACAAAAAGGGAGGGCAUGGCUCAAGGUGAGCAGUAGGAAGAGAGGAGUGAUGGGUAGGAAGGGGAGGAGGAGAGGGAUUGAGAAGGAAUGACCGGGCCAAGCCGUCUGAGAUGAGAAGGUGAUGAUGAGAGGACAGAGGCGGGGGGGGAGAGAAGGGGAGGAGCGAGCAGAAGUGAGCUGCAUGGAGCGGCGUCUGUUUUCACAGGGGGUGGGGAAAAGGAAGGGAUUCGGAUUGUGGGGGUGGCCACACAAGUCACGUGAUUUCCAGGCGGCUUGAACCGAUUCAGAUAUAAAUAGAUGUCACUGCCCUUAAGUGUUGUAUUUUUCACCGUAGAGUUUAUGCUUGUGAACAAAGUUCGUGAUGUGUUUUCUUGCAGUUUUGCUUUUCAUCGUGUGUUUUUUUUUCUUUCAAAUAAAGCUCAGCGUGACUACGGCU